AUGCCUGAAGAGUUUGCUCGCCUGAAUCCAAAACGAAAGGUUCCCGUAUUGGCAGUUGGAGAUCAAGUUAUUACUGAAAUGCCCGCUAUUCUUACGGCUAUUUCAGCAUUGAGUCCUGACCGGAAGUUGAUGGGGAAGGAUACGUCGGAGACCGUGCGCGCAUACGAGUGGCUGAACUACCUUUCCGGUACUCUUCAUGGACAAGGCUACGGAGGACUCUGGAGGCCAGGGAGGUUUGUAAACAAUGCGUCGGUAUAUCCAGAUGUCAAAGAAAAGGCAAGACAAACAAUCAAGAAUUGUUAUACCUUCAUCGAUGGUAAACUGAAAGAAGCCAACACCGCCUAUUCAGUUGGGGAUUCCUUCACAGGCGUAGAUGCUUUUCUUUUAGUGUUCUAUCUUUGGGGAAUCAGGAUCAAGAUCGACAUGGACGCAGGAUACCCAUCAUACGCAGCAUUGGCACAUAGGCUUUUAGAGAGGGAAUCGGUUAUUGUAGCACGAAAAGUUCAUGUACGUAUGACAUAG